AUGGUAAAAAUGCCCUUCUCAAUGGCGAUCUCACUAAGGAAGUUUAUAUGCAGUCUCUUUCUAGUUCCUCAGUUUCGUCUACUAAGUACCUAUGAUUCUGCUCUAUUUAUACGUAAGACAAAGUGUGGUGUUAUUGUUCUUCUUCUCUAUGUUGAUGAUAUGAUCAUCACUGGGGAUGACACAGUGAGUAUCUCUAGUCUCAAACAGUUCCUCAGUCGCCAGUUUGAAACGAAAGAUUUAGGCUUGCUUAGUUACUUCCUCGUCUUAGAAAUUUCUCAUGAUCCAUUUGGUUACUUUCUCACCGAGGCUAAGUAUGCCUUUGAUCUCUUGGCUCGUGCUGGUCUUACUGAUUGCAAGAUUUCUCUUACCACAAUUGAUCCUCAGACUCGUCUCACACCUCUUGACGGUCACCUGUUGUUUGAUGCUACGUUAUAUCGUCAGCUAGUUGGCAGUCUUUUUUAUCUCACAGUUACUUGUCCAGACAUUGCCUAUGCUGUUCACAUUGUUAGUCAGUUCAUGGUUGCUCCUCGCUCUCCACAUUAUGAUGCUUUGGUUCGCAUUUUGCACUAUCUCAAAGGAACUAUGUUUCAUGAUCUUUUCUACUCAGCAUACUCAUCUCCACAGUUACACGCAUUUUCUAAUGCAGAUUGGGCAGAUGAUCCUAUUGAUCACCGUUCUACUAUAGGAUUCUGCUUCUUCUUGGGUGACUCUCUCCUUGCCUGGCGUAGCAAGAAGCAAACUCUUGUUGCUCAUUCUAGUACAGAGGCUAAGUAUCGUGCUCUUGCUGACACUACUCAGCAGCUUGUGUGGCUUCGCUGGCUUCUUUCGGAUAUGGGGGUUUCUCAUUCUACUGUGAUUAAACCUUUAUUGUAA